GAGAAGAAGAGUUUGAUGUAACGUGACUAACACGGCGGAGAGAGCUGGUCGCACCGGAAGUACGUAGCUCAGGCACGUUCAGAGCAGCACGAGGAACAACAACAACCCACGGCUCCGCGCGAGGUCAGGUAACAUGGGGAAGAAUAAGCAGAAGGGGAAAAAACACAAGAACGUCUUUCAGGUUGCAAACAAACACCUGAAGCCGAAGAACAAAGCCAAACCCGUCAAGACGACGCUCAAACAUAUCAACGCUGUGAAAAAUGAGAAGGUGGAGAACCUCAACCAGAUCUUCACAGAGGUCCAGCGGGACGUUAAGAGUGUUUCAAAGUCUGUCGCUCCUCCGCCGAAGAAACAAACACAGGUUGUCAGGGAGCCACCGAAGGAAUCUGUCAACAUGGACAAUGCUGCUCAGCUCUUCUCUCAACUAUAAUAAACCAUGAAAGCGGGACUGUCAUAAAGUUUAAGGAAUAUUCUUUAUAAUCAAUGCAAAGAAAUUACAAUUUACAGACUUGUCGGUUGUGAUAUUGUUUUAUUUUUAUUGAGAACAUUUUGUAGAAAUGCUUUCUCUUAGAGCUGCAACUAACUUAUUUUCUUGAUUAACUGAUGUCGUUUUGUUUCUUUUUUUUUAAACCAACAGUACAAAAAUAUUCUCUAAGUAUCAUAUAAACAAAGAACACUCGCAAAACUUCAAUUUGAGCAAAUGUAAACAGAGAGUAUUUGAAAAUGACCGUAAACGAUGAAACCGAGCGACUGUUUUAAGCUCUGCUUGUUGAAAUGUUGCCUCGUCCUUCACCGUCUUCAAUCCGUACGCAAUUAAAGGCAAUUUCUACAGAACAUCAUCAAAAGAAUCAUGCAAUUUUUCUUUUCUUUUCAUACUCUCUUUUGAGUUUUUGUUUUUCCAGGCAGUUCAAGGUGUCCACACCUUUUUAUCCUCGUGCUUUUCAUGCCUUGGAUUUAGUGUAAACGAAGUCACAAAGGAGAUCGUCGUGACUCAUGUUUGUAACGAAGUGUUUGCUUCAAAGAGUUUUGUUUCUUCUUAUAGAAAACAUUUCAUCCUAAAACAUUUAUAUUUCAUGUAUCAUUAAACUGUAAAUCUGCACA